GUUGACUGAGCGGGGAGACAAACCUGCAUCUUACUCAACACCGCCACUGGUGCAUAUUCAGGCUCCAUUUCCUCCCAGCUUGGCCCCUUUAGUCCUUUUUUUAGGGGAUUCAUGACGAUUAGGGAGGAGCAAAGUAUUCUUCAGCCUUACUCCCUGGGGAGAGAGGCCAAGCCACGUCGCACAGUUGUCCGAAUCAGAGCCGAAGCAAAGGGACAAACGAGUUGUUCGAUUUGCCUGGAUGACUCAUAUUGUCUUUCUUUUUUGAACACGCACGGUCGCAACGGUGUCCUGCUUGUAGAGCUACUUCGUUGGAAGCAUCUUCGACCUCCGAACGAGUUUUUGAAAACAUCCUCACAUAUCGGCUCCUACGAUCCGUACGGCGCAGGCUGUCUUUUAGGCUCCCAGUGUACUCUUGCCCUAUGCUAGCAAGAGCCACAUCGCGAAAAGCCAGCAAAACGGAUCCGAGACUCGAUUGAAACGGAGCGCUCUGGUUGACUACGCCCUCCAAGUCCCCAAAGAUCAGUCGCGCCAAUAACCUGCAUCAUUGGAAAACGCCGAGAGUGAAGGAAAGAAAGCGAAAAGCAGCGUGCUAAUCAAUUUCCUUCUUCUUUUUUCUUCCCCUCACAUUGCAUAUAGUAGCU